ACUCGAGGAGGAAGGCCGUUGGGAGCUGUUUUUCGGACCUUUUUUCUAAUUUUAAGUCGGAUUUGUGAAGGAUUGUAUUGCCCAAGUUGUAUUAGAGGGAAAUAUGAGUGUAGGCGCAUUAAGAUGUCCAAUGUUACCUUGUUAGAUCUGCCAGAAGAUGUCUUACUGAGAAUAUUUUCGUGGCUUUACGCUGUUGAUCUGUAUACACUGUGCAGUGUUCAUCCAAGAUUUGCAAGGCUUGUGAAUGACUUGUCUCUGUGGCGCCACAUUGACUUUGGCCGUGCUCCCCUCAGUCUCCAGUUUCUCCACAAAUUCAUCCGUUUCCUGGGCUCACACACGCUCUCUAUCACAGUCACGGGUUUUGUCCGAGCUAGCAUACGCUUGCAUCCUAAAGGGUCACGUUGCAUCUCUGAAGCAUUUUUGACAAGCUUGAAGCGCCGUUGUCCACAUCUCCAGGAGCUCAACCUCCAUCGAUGUUAUAUUGAUGCAUCAACUACCAAGUUUUCAGCUCUGCCUGCCUCUCUAAGGAAGUUAUCCCUCUGUGGUUCAGCACUCUUCAAUCUACCACAGAACCGCAUGGUGGUGGUGACAUCGCCAUUUUUCCGACUCGAGAAGCACCUACCUGUCUUGGAGGAGGUGGUUCUUGAGGGUUGUGGUGCCUGGCUCACUCGGCAAGACCUCACACUUCUCAUGAGCCACUGUCCUGCGUUACAGAUUGUAAACGUUGGACCGGCACGCUACACCCGUACAGGCCAUUGCUCGUGGGACAAAAGGGACGACAAACAUAGUAGCAGUAUCAUCUUAACACGGAAAAGGAGGGCCUGAACAAGAAGACACAGCUAAAGUAUG